AUGACCGAUCCGAUGAAGACCCUCGACAUAGGCCGCCCGAAACCAGCCCCGGUAUCACGGAAGGUCUAUGCUAUUGCUGGUAUCACAGUGACAGUCUUUGGACUAGAAGAGCUUCAGUUGGAAGCAUCCGAUGUCGCAUGUCUCUGGCUUCUCCAUCCUCGACUCGCGACGCAGGACCGCAUGGCCGAUGUUGCUGCGUCUACUAUCAUUGACUGGAAUAUAAAAAGCAAGGAUAACCUAUCAUCUAAAGGCCUGAUUGCAGUCUCGUUUGAUCAGCGCAACCAUGGCCCCAGAAUGGUUGACCCGCUUGCUAAUGAGGCUUGGCGACAGGGAAAUCCUCGCCAUGCCCAAGACAUGUUUUCGAUCUAUCAAGGAACUGCACGGGAUACAUCUUUGUUGAUGGAUUAUCUUGCUGCAUAUGUCUUCCCUGAUGGGAAACAUGAAAUCUCUCAAAAUUUAGUAUUAGGGGUUUCCCUUGGCGGGCAUGCUGCAUGGAGCCUCCUCCUGCACGAGCCUCGCAUGAGUGCUGGUGUCGUCAUUAUUGGUGCCCCUGACUUUCUAAACGUUAUGGUAGACCGUGCAAGGUUAUCCAAGCUGCCAUCUUGGACUAGAAGUACACCUCCUGGCUCAGAGAUCAUCGGCUCAGAGGCAUUCCCGACCUCGUUUGUGGAGACCGUCAAACAGUAUGACCCUGCCGGUUUAUUUCUCAGCCACGUGGAAGGCGCAUCUGGUCUCUUAAGGAUUGAUACUCUUCCAGAGCCGACAGAGAAAGAAAAGCAGGCCCUUCGACCUCUUCUGACAAAGUGUCUGGCGGGUAAGCACAUUCUAAACUUGUCUGGCGGAAAAGACAAGCUUGUGCCUUAUCACCGGGGUGAAGCUUUCUUGAAAUGGCUCAAGAACGCUAUUUCAUCAGAUGGCUGGUUUGGUGAUGGUGGUGUGAACUUUGAGGAUAUUAUCGACGAAUCAGCCGGCCAUGAGGUAACACGUCAGAUGGAAAUUGAAGCUAUUCGGUUUGUGAGCGAGACGCUAGCGCUAAGUGCAGAUAAUAAGGGACGAAGAGGUUCAGUUCGCGAAUCAAAGAUCUAG